GGCCAUCUGCUAACUCAAGGGGCCCCAUUCCAGUUCUUGCACCAUGGCAACAGAAGAAAAGAAACCCGAAACUGAAGCUUCCAAGACGCAAUCCACCCCAUCCUCGUCCAAUAAUCAGAGCAAGCCUGCACCAGUAAAGCCAAAUUACACGCUAAAGUUCACCCUCGCCGGACACACCAAGGCCGUAUCAUCUGUAAAAUUCAGCCCGAACGGGGAGUGGCUCGCCAGUUCAUCGGCCGACAAGUUAAUCAAAAUAUGGGGGGCGUACGACGGCAAGUUUGAAAAAACCAUAUCCGGCCACAAGUUGGGAAUAUCUGAUGUCGCCUGGUCCUCUGACUCCAACCUCCUGGUUUCUGCUUCUGACGAUAAAACUCUAAAAAUCUGGGACGUGAGCUCGGGAAAAUGUUUGAAGACCUUGAAGGGGCACAGUAACUAUGUAUUCUGCUGUAACUUUAACCCGCAGUCCAACCUCAUCGUGUCAGGAUCCUUUGAUGAAAGUGUAAGAAUAUGGGAUGUGAAAACUGGGAAAUGCCUGAAGACGUUGCCUGCUCAUUCUGACCCCGUCUCUGCUGUGCAUUUUAAUCGCGACGGUUCCCUCAUUGUAUCCAGUAGCUACGAUGGUUUGUGCCGAAUAUGGGACACAGCCUCAGGACAGUGUUUGAAAACACUCAUUGAUGACGAUAAUCCUCCAGUAUCUUUUGUGAAGUUUUCUCCCAACGGCAAAUACAUUUUAGCAGCAACCCUAGACAAUACACUCAAAUUGUGGGAUUACAGCAAAGGGAAGUGCCUGAAAACGUACACGUGCCACAAGAAUGAGAAGUACUGCAUAUUUGCUAAUUUUUCUGUGACUGGUGGCAAGUGGAUCGUGUCUGGCUCGGAAGAUAACUUGGUUUAUAUCUGGAACCUACAGACUAAGGAGGUGGUGCAGAAAUUACAGGGACACACGGAUGUGGUGAUUUCGACGGCCUGCCACCCAACGGAAAACAUCAUCGCCUCGGCGGCACUAGAAAACGACAAGACCAUCAAAUUGUGGAAAAGCGACUGCUAAGAGCAUUUCAAGUCCCUAUGUGCAGACUGUACCAGCAAACGGAGGGGGGGUAACAAUCCUCAUACAGGACACGCCAAUAAUCCUGCGCUGCGGCGGGGAGAUUAAAGGAGAAAUCAGACCCACUUUUGUUUUUUUUUUUCUUUGCGGGAGGGAACAAUUUUAUCUUUUUUUUUUUUCUUUUUUUAUCCAAAAUUCAUCGAUUUUUCAAUGUGGCGUUUGCGUUGCAUGCACCUAUAGGCAGAAAUAACCGUAUCGGCCCAUUCAGUUCCUUUCCUCUCCUGUGGGGGGCGUCGCCACAUCAAUUCCUCUUCUCAAAUGUGACAUUUUUUGUUUUUUUUUUCUUCAUUUUUCAAAUUUUUCUUUAAAACAAUUGCUGUCACAAUUCUGCGCAGUCUUCCUCAUCUCUCUUCCUGGGUGCACGUUUCACAGUCAGGCUUUAAAGGGUAUGUAAACCCAAAAACGACAAUUUUUUUUUGCGUAAUUAAAAAAAAAAAAAAGUUAAUUGUGUUCAUUAUUUUUUUUAUUUUUAUUUUUGGCUGUUUUUGUGACCAAAUAAUCCACCCGCAGUUU